AUGAAACUCUUAGAAAAAAUGAUAUAUUUAGAAUUCUUGAUGAUAACAAUGGCGAUGUGGCUCGUGCCCAUGAGUUACGGUCAAGUAGCCGAUGUUAGGGAUCAAGCCAGGUCAGUGGGCACUGCUUGGUCUGACGCACGAGCCACAUUUUAUGGUGACAUUCAUGGUGGAGGAACUCAACAGGGAGCUUGUGGAUACGGCAAUUUAUUCAAACAAGGCUAUGGUCUAGCCACAGCAGCGUUAAGCACGGCACUCUUCAACAACGGGUACACAUGCGGUGCUUGCUUUGAGAUCAUGUGCACGAAUGAUCCACAAUGGUGUUUGCCCGGAUCCAUCAAGAUCACCGCUACAAACUUCUGUCCAUCAAAUUACACCAAAAACAAAGACAUUUGGUGCAACCCACCACAAAAGCACUUUGAUCUCUCCCUACCCAUGUUCCUCAAGAUCGCAAAGUACAGAGCCGGGGUUGUCCCAGUUAAAUACAGGCGUGUCCCUUGUAUGAAAAUGGGUGGUGUCAAGUUCGAAACCAGUGGAAACAAAUACUUCUUAUUGAUCUUGCCAUACAAUGUAGGAGGAGCUGGAGACAUUAAAUACAUACAAGUUAAGGGGAACAAGACCGGGUGGAUAACAAUGACAAAGAACUGGGGACAACAUUGGACCACUAGUGUUGUAUUGAUCGGCCAAGGGUUAUCGUUCAGGGUUACGACAAGUGCUGGGAUUACAAAAGAUUUCAUAAAUGUGGUGCCGAAAAACUGGGGUUUCGGACAAACUUUUGAUGGAAGGAUUAAUUUUUAG